AUGACAUUGUGUGAAUAUAUGUCAGAUGCAGAAGAAAAACAUAAUAUUUUAAAAGAUCUUUUGGAGGAAGUAAAUUUUGAAAUUGUGAAUAACAUCUUAAUUUUUUUGGAAAAAAAUGAUUGCGCUAAUGUCAAAAAGUAUAACGCAUUAAUAGACAGCAUUAAAAAGGAAUGUGACGAAUUAAAAGAAAAAUUAAAAGCAUUAAAAAUGUUAAAAGAGCCUUUCAGUAAUUUUGACGAUAAUAUAUCUACAGAAAACAUUUAUAUCAUUUUACCUAUAGUUGUAAAUAGAUUAAAAUUGAUUUUCCAAUAUUCUAAAUAUUACAAAAAUUCCGAUAAAAUAAAUAAUUUAAUAACACUUUUAUUAAAUGAAUUCAUUAAAAAAUUGCAAAAUUAUAUUGAUUUAUCAAAAAUAUAUACAAAAGAUGUUAAAGAAUUGUCAAAAACAUUGGACGAAUGCAUAAAUUUUGUCUCUUAUUGGGAUUAUCUAAUAAACAUUUCUUUCAGGAACUCCCCGGAAAAUUGCAAAACAUUUGAUUCUAUCCUGCAACCUACGAAUCUUUCUAAUAUCAUAUCAUUCAAGAAUAAAUGCAUAGACCUAAAGGAGAUAUGCUGUGCGUGUGAUCAAUUUUUGUUUUCGAUUACAGAAGAAGAUAUAAAAACAUUUAGCUAUGAGCAUUAUCAUAUAAUUAAAAAGGGGUUUGAUGAUAUAAAAUCGACAUUUUUUAAUGAACUAAUUAGGAUACGUAAAUUAAAUUAUGAAAUAUUAAGUAUUAAGCAUAAUGAAUGGAAUGAUGAUUUUAAAAAGACUAAAGAAUUGAUAAAAGUUUUAGAAAGUAUUUUUAUAAAUUUAAUUAAAAUAUCAUUUGAAAAUUGUAGUAACAUUGAAUAUACAAUUUUUUUAUUUGAUAAAUUUUAUACAUUAGCUAUAACUGAAAAUAUCAAAUCAUUUAUGAAUAAAAAAUCGAUAGACAUAUGGUGGUGCUUUAUUAACUAUAUUGAUUCAUAUUCGAAAUAUUUUAACAACUUUUUGGACAAUCCUCUUAUUUAUUUUUCAUACAAUAUCAGAUAUGAAUAUCAUUCUUCUUGUAUUAUGUUUGCUAAAAAUAUCAGCCUAAAAUUACAUAAGAUUUUCGAAAAGUUAACCAACUUAUAUUAUAUGCCUAUAGUUAAAGAAAAAGAAAUAGCUUAUGAAAAAUAUUUGAAUACUCAAAAUUCGAUUAAUACAUAUAUAAAACAAAUUAAUAGUAUGUGGGUAAAUGAAUUAAAAGCUAUUUCAGCUAAAAAAAAUAAUUCUUUAGUUAAUACACUAUUAGAUAAUUCGAUUUUAACAAAAAUAAAAGACAAAUACCUUGAAAAUACAUAUAAUGUAGAAAUUAAAAAAGUACUUUCUGAAGUCAACUUUUGGCUUAAAAUAAAAGAUGAACAUAUAUUUUUACCAAAUGUAAUUAACGAAAUAUCAUUUCAUGAAGAUAGAUUAAAAAUAUCUAAAGAAUAUGUAAAUAGAUUAGUACGGAAUUAUAAUGCUAUUUGUUUGAUGCUAAAUAAUGAUCAAUAUAAAAUAUUUGAAUUUAUUUUAAAAAAUAUAUAUAAUAAUAUUGAAAAUACUUUAUUUAAAUUUAACUGGAAUAAAGACAGUAUAAAACUAAAUGUUUUAUUCAGCUUACUUAAUGAAUGUAUAAAUAUUAAAACAGUCAUUGCAGCAUUUAAAAAACAUGACGAACAAAUUAAAGAAAUAUUAAAUGAGAUCGAACACAUUUCUAUUAUUUCAAUAGAUGACAAAAGAACAUAUACACCUGAUGAAUUUGAAGAAGAACAAAAUAUUAAUAUUGAAUCUAUUCGAAGUAUAUUAAGAGAUAAACAUACUAAUAUUAUAAAAAUAUUAAAAGAAAUGCUUUUAUAUAUUGAAAAAUAUUCUGGAAAAAGUCUAAAUUCAUUUAAAAGUUACAUAGUAAAUGUUGAAAAAAUUUUCCAGAAAAAAUAUUUUAUAUCUGUUAAAGUUUCUCUAUAUAAUUAUUAUAAAUUAUUGACUGAUAAAAUUAGUAACGAUGCAGUCGAGAAUUAUCCAUUAUUUAGAAUAUAUGUUAAAAUGAAUAAAAAUAAAGAACUUAUAUAUGAUUUUCUACAUCACCCUUCUAAAAAUUUGACCGAUGGAAUAUACAAAAAAGCCUCAGAUAUGUUCUACAAUUUUCCCCAAUUUACAAAGGUUAUAUUCAAAAAUAGACAAAAUCAAAUCAAGAAAAAAUUGGCCUUUGUAUUCAGUACAACCAAUAUUAAUGAUAAAGAUGGUGCAAAUUUGACUCAAGAAAAUACACUUAAGAAAAAUGAUAGUAAUAACCAAUGUAUUAAAUUGUUAAACCAAAUAAAUAUUAUAUAUAAUAACUUUAUGGAAAAACUAAAGGAAAAAAUUAAGUGGUUAAAAUAUUAUAAUUUGAAACUUUUAAAUUUGAAUGAAAAGGAGUUACUUCAUAAUUUAUACACAUCUGAAGAUACUAUGAAAUAUAUUUAUAAUCAAAUAAAUAUAUUUAAAAACUUGGAGGAAACUAUCGAGCAAGAUAUAGAUAAGGAAGUAAUUUUGUUCAUUGAAAUUAAUUUGAGUAUAUUGAAAGAGGAAUUGCUGUCCGAUUUUAAAAAAUAUAAAGAAUUGUUCUUAGACUAUAUCAAUACAAAAUGUAAAAAAAAACUCGAAGAAUUAUAUUGCUUUUUUAAAGAAAACAGUACAAAUCUUUUAAAAACACCUACAGAUAUAAAUAGCCUCAAAGAACAUAAUUCUCUAUUGGAAUAUUGUAAUAACAAUUAUGAACAAAACAAAAAAGAUUUAGAUAAACUUGAAGAAGAUUAUUUAAAAUUGAUUGAAUUAAAAGGAGAAUUGAAUGAAGAUGAAAUAAUGAAAUUAAAAACAUCAUCAAUAUUAUCAAAUAAAUUUGAAGUGUUACUUAAAGAAAGUAAAACAAUGUAUUUAGACACUAAAGAGAAGAUGAAAAAUGAAAUUAAAAACUUGUAUAACGAAUUUAAUAAAUUGUGGCAAAAGAAAAAAACUAUUUUUUACAAAGAAAUUCCUAUAAGUAUACAAAACAAUCCUAAUGAUGCUUUAGAAAUGAUUAAAUUUUAUGAGAAAGAACUAGUAAAUAUUAAACAAAUUCAGGACGGUUUAAAAAACAAAAUAAUCUUAUUUAAUAUUGAUGAUGUUUGUGAUGAACAAAUAAGGGAUAUGGAAAUAGAUUUAUGUCAUUUAAAAUAUAUGUGGGAAAUGAUUAAAUUUUGGAGAAUAAUUUUUGAUUUUAUUAAAAAUGUUAAUAUAUUUUAUUUAUAUGAUAUAUUAAAUGAUUUGAUAAUAGCAAUAAAAGAAUAUAUAAAGAAAAAUUUGACCGAAACAUUGUCGUUUUUAGAGGAAAAAAAUAAAAUGAAUCAAAGUUUAGAUAUGUCUAAUAUGCAUAUAAAUACUAAAUUGGAUGGAGAAGAAUUUACCAUUAACCAAAACAGUAUAUCAAGUGUAGAAGGGAAUAAAAAUACUGAUACAAAUCCAGAUGAAAAUAGUUUAAACAACAAGCUUAGUAUGAGAGAUACAAAAAAUUUAAACAUAAAGAUAUUUUUAAAUCAAUUAAAAACUCAUUUUGUCGACAUUUUUGAGCAGUUUUUAAUAAAUAUGAAAAUACGAAACAAUUGGGAAAUAUACAAAGAAUUAAAAAAUAAUGUAGGAAAACUAAAAUUUUCAUUAAUACUUGUAGAAAUAUUAACUGAUGAAUGCAUAAAAUUUAGACACUUUAAAGAGAUUGAGUUAAAAACAAAUGUGCAAUGGACAUUAAAUAAUAUCACGAUAAAUGACAUUGUUGAACAUAAAUUAUACAAAGAAAUAAAAUUUAUUACAAUAUUAUAUAACAACGCAGAAAAGGAAUUAUUCAUAGAAAAUAAUUUGAAAAAAAUAGUAAAUAAGUAUAAAAAUAUGAGACUAUGUAUUAGUAAUUACAACUCUUCUUUUUUAAUAAAAGACACAGAUAAGAUAUUCAAUAAUAUUAACGAAGAUAUAUUCUUAUUAAAUAACAUAAAAAUUUAUAAUUUUGAUAUUAAUUUUUUAAAAAAGACAGAAAAAUGGGAAGGUAUACUUGGAAACUUAUACGACAAUUUAGAAAUAAUAUGUUUUAUACAAAACAAAAAUGAAUAUUUAAAGUAUGUUUUAUCAUCUUCGGGAUCAAUGAAACCAUAUUUAAAAAAUAUAUAUGAACAAUAUAACAUAUGCAAUCAAAAAUAUGUCAAAGCGAUUAAAAGUUUUGAUAAUUCUUAUAUUUUAGAUAAAAUUAAUAACAAUGCUAAUAUACAAAUGUUUUUACAAAUACAUAAGCAAUUAAAUUUGAUUGAAAAAUCAUUGGAAAGUUAUUUGGAAAGAAAAAAAAGUUCAUUUCCGAGAUUAUAUUUUUUGUCCAAUAAAGAAAUUUUAGAGAUAUUGGGUAUAUAUAAAGAUCCAAUGCUAUUAAAAAAAAAAAUACAAAAAUUAUUUUUCUCGAUUUAUUCUAUAGAAUUUGUUCCCUUAGAAAAAAAAAAAAAAAAUUUACAAAUAAGUUCCUCUAAACCGCUUAUGAUCGUCAAUAUUAAUGAGGGCAACAAAAAUAUCCAUAAUUUGGGUACAAACGAAAAACUCAUAAAAAACGAUAAUACACAUUAUUUGGAAAAUCAAAAUAAUAAUUCUGGUGUAGACAAUUGUAAUAAUAUGUGUUACUUCUCCAAUUAUGAUAUUUAUAUUUAUUCUCAAUGUAAUGAAAAAAUUAAACUGCAGAAAAAAAUGUCAUUAAACUGUGAUUCAUCAACUGUUAUAUUAAAUAAGCUUGAAGAAAAUAUAUAUGAAACUCUCAAAAUUAAUUUAGUCAAUGUACAGACAGAAUUAAAAGGAAACAAUUUAAAAAAUUGGAUCUUAAAUAAUCCACAACAAUUAGUAUUAGCUAGCAAGUGUAUUAAUUUUACAAAUGAUUAUGAAUAUUCUCUUAUGCAAAUUCAAAAGGGUUCUCAUAUUUUUGUAAAUCAAAUGAAAAAAGAAAAUAAUAAAGAAUUGUUAUUUUUAUCAGAUCUUAUAAAAACGGUAAAAGAUAAAAAAAAUUAUAUUAAAAUUAGUGCUUUGAUAUUAUUGGAAAGUUAUUAUAAAGAUGUUGCAGAAAAAUUAUUUAAAAACAAAAUGGAGUGUAAUGAUAAUUUUCUAUGGCUAUGCCAAAUUAAGUAUAUAUUAACCGAAGAUUUAGAGAAUAACUAUUUGGCUUCUCAAAAGGGAUUAUCCCGAACCGAUAUGCCCGAUCAACAUGGAAAUAUAUUUGCAGGCAAUCAAACAAAGAAUAAUUCCAAAAUAAAUAAUAUUAAAAAUGAGUUAGAUAGGGAUAUAGUAAAUGGAAAAUAUAUAAAUAGAAGGGGAACAACCGAUCCGACUACUUCCUCUAGUGUUUAUUCCUCUGGUAAAAAGAAUAAUGAAGAUUUGUCUGUCAACGAAAAAUUAUCAAAUACUAAGCACGAUGCUUUUAUUAGGAAAGACACUACAAAAAAGGCAAGAAUUAGCAAUGUAAAUAAAAAUGUAAUAGGAAAUAACAAUAAUAGCCAAGCUAAAAAGAUAAAUUUUGCGGGAAAAGAUUCAAGUAAAAUUUUGAAUGAAAAAGGGAAUACAUGUUGCAAAACUGAAGAAGUAAAUUCCAUUAAAAAACAGGAAAAUGAAUGCAAAAAUAAUGAGGAAAACGAUCAAUAUUUAGAUGUGUUAGAAAAAGAAUAUAUCAAAACUGAUGAAAUGGAAGGAGAAGACGAAUAUGAAGAAGUAUAUGAAUGUGAAGAAGUAAACGAAUCAGAAUCACAAAAAAACAAUGAUUUAGACAAACUAGAAGAUGAUGCAAAUGAAGAAACAGAAAAAGAUUUGAAUUAUUUAGAAAUAAAUGAAAAUGAUGAUAAUUUUUCAGAAAAUGCUGAAAUGAAAGAGAAUAAAAUAUUAACAAAAAACAAAAGGCCAGUAAGCGACAAAAAAAUUAGUGAUAAUAAUAAUGAUGGUACUAGAAAAGAAAUGAAUAAAAUAGAAGAAGAUAUAGAUGAUAAAAAUAGUAAACAACUUAAAUAUCUUAAAACUAUAAAUUUAAUGCUAAAAAAAUCAAUGACUUUAUAUUUGCAUUAUUUUAAUAAUAAAAGAAAAUACUCUUAUGAAUAUCAGGGGAAUAAUAGUAGAUUAGUUAUAACACCAUUAACUGAAAAAUGUUUUUAUUCGUGUUUAUUUUCAUUGGACAAUUUUUAUGUAAAUGCAAUAAAAGGAGAAACAGGGGUUGGAAAAAGUGAAACCAUCAAAGAAUUUUCGAAAAUAUUUGGUACAAAUAUUAUAUCAAUUAAUUGCAAUAAUAAUAAUACUUCAAAAUAUAUAGGGAAUGUUUUAUCUGGUUUGUUACAAUCUGGAUUUUGGUGUUGCUUUGAUGAAUUCAAUAGAAUAGAAGGAAAUGUUAUUGCCGUAGUAGUUGAACAAUUUAGAAGUAUUAAACAUAUUUUACACAGAUUACAAUUUAAAACUGAUAACGAAGACAAAAACAACAUUGGUGGUGUCAAUACUAAUUUUGAAUAUUUUAACUAUGAAGAUAUUUCUUCUUAUCACAACAUGACAAAAUUGAAAAUGCCUAAUUCUGGAAACAAUAAUAAUAAUUAUAAUUCCUUUUCCAUAUUUACUACCAAUGAAAUAGCAAAAGAAAAUAAAAACCAAAAAAAUGACACUUCUAUUGAAAUGAAAAACGAAUCAUCAACUUAUAUUAAGUGCAAUUUAAGUGAUUUGAAAAUUAAUGACAAAACAAAUGAUAUUAAUGAUGAAAAUAUGAAAGGAAUGAGUGAAAAUUUAAGCAACAAUGUAGAUAUAAAUGAGUCUGAUCAUGUGAAAAUUGGGUGUUCAGAUAAUAAUAAUAAAGAAAAGACGUCUUUAGAUAAUGAAAUUAUUAACAACAAAUACAAUGAGCAUGAUAGCAUAAGAAAUUAUAAUGACAACGCUUUGAGUUUUGACAAUUAUGAUACCGAAAAUAAAAUUGAUACAAAUAAUCAUGCAUAUUUUGAAGGAAAAUACAUUAAAAUAAAUAAUAAUUGUUCAAUUUAUUUAACAUUAUGCAAAGAUGCCAAUGAUUGUAUAUACUCGUUAGAAAAUUAUAACAAUGUAAUCCAAGAGUUUUCUUUUAAAUCUCCUAAUUUUUCCUUAAUAUGCCAAUUUUCAUUAGCGUCUAUUGGAUUUAAAAAUUCUAAAAAAUUGGCGAAGAAGAUUAACACAUGCUAUAGUCUAUUAUAUGAAUUUUUGUCUAAACAAAAACAAUAUACAAUCGACUUAAGAGAAAUAAAAAAUUUGCUAAAUUUAGUAUCUGAUGAAUUUAUAAGAAAUAUGAAUGUAAAAAGCGAAGAAGAAAUAAUAUAUGAUGCUUUAGUUGAAGUGAAUGAAUCAAAAUUAUUAAAAGAUGACUUAAAUAUAUUUUAUAAAUUUUUAAAAGAUCUUUUUCCUUUGGUUAAAAAAAAUAAUGAAAAAACAAAGAAUAAUGAAACUUCAAUUAAAAUAAUAACAAAUAUAAUGACUAGUAUGGGUUAUACUGUAAAUGAUUAUUAUAUAAAUAGUAUAUUAAAAUUGUAUAAAAUUAAAAAAACAAAUAGAGGAAUUAUUUUAGUAGGUAACUCAUGUUCUGGAAAAACUAGUAUCAUAAAUAUUUUCCGACAUUAUUGUGAUUUUAUCAAAAAUAAUAAUAUGUGUAACCCCGAUAACAGUUUCUCUGUCCAAUCUUCUAGUGUUGUUGGAAGUAGCAUUAUUGAUGAAAAUGGUAAUGAUGAUAAAAAAACGUUUACAAAAGGAAAUAUAUCAUAUGAUAAUGCCUACAAUAUGAAGAAUAAAAAGAAAACAAUAAUAAAUUAUAAUGAAGACUUUCUGAAUUUGAGUCAAAUGAAUAAUACAGAUAUAAAUUCGAAAAUAACAAAUAAUAAAAAUAUAUAUGAAAGUUAUAAUUUAUUAUCACCUAAUAAUUUAUUCUGUAAUAAAUACAAAAAUCAAGGGAAUUCAACAAAUAUAAUAUCAAAUAAUGGUGUUUAUAAUAACCGAUUGAGUACAUUAAGUGCCGGAAGUAGUAUACAGGGUAAAACCGUAUCAAGUCCAUUAGUAGAUAUUUCAAAUACAUAUAAAAAAGGUACAGAAAACAAUGAUUACAAUAUAGAUGUAACAGUUUUUAAUCCUAUGUCUACGGAUAUUAAAAAAUUAUAUGGUUAUUAUAACAAUGAAAAGGAAAUAUAUGAAGACGGUAUUUUAUCACUAAUAAUUAAAAAAUUGUUUGAAAAUAAUAACUCUAAUGAAAAAUGGCUAAUUUUAGAUGGACCUCUAGAUAUGCUAACAACAGAACCAUUACAUUCAUUACUUGAUGAGCAUCGAGUUCUUACACUUAUAAAUGGAAAUAGAAUAAAAUUUUCAGACAAUGCAUUUAUAUUUUUCGAAGUAGAGAAUUUAAAAAAUUGUGCCCCAUCAUUUAUAAGCAGAUCGAAAAUUGUAUUUAUGAAUGAAGAAGAAUUUAAUUAUGAAUGGAUUAUUAGCAGUUAUUUAGAAAGAAACUUUUUUAAUUUAGAAGAAAAGAACUUGGUUCAGGGAUUUUUUAAUAAAUAUGUUAAAAAAAUUAUGAAUGCUAAAAAAAAUAAUAAAUAUAAUUUAAUUAUAGAUGUAAGUGAUGCACAUAUUAUAAUAUCAAUAUGUCAACUUUAUAAUAUGUUAUGUAAUCUAUAUGACAAAAACUUUCCAAGAAACCUAAAUCCAUCUUUAUGUCUAGAAAAAUUAUUUUUACAAUCAAUUAUUUAUAUAUUUUCUAAUAUUUUAUGUCCCAAAAGUAAAGAAUUGCUAGACCAUUUAAUUAAAAGUAUAGAUAACACAUUCCCUCAUUUACACACAAUUUUUGAUUACAUAAUAAGCAAAAAUAAUUUUAAUUGGGUAUUAUGGGAUGAAUUAAUAACAACAAAUCAUAACUUUUUGCCAAAUGUUAAAGAACACUUUUUUUCUUAUGAUAAUUAUAAUUUUAUAAAAAAUGAUAGCAAUAUGAAAUAUAUGGGAGCAAAUCAAUUAAAUGAUACAUUAAACCCUGAAACUGAUUUUAAUAAGUUUUUAUUAAGCACUAAUUUAGAAUUUAGUAAGAAUUUUAAUAAAUAUACAAUUAAUUAUAACAACUUAUUUAGUGAUAGUAAUAAUAAAAAUACCCUUGAUGAAUAUCAAACAUACAAUUUUAAUUUUAUGACGGAUAAUGGGUCACCCAAUACAAAUGAUAUGAACAACAUAGACAAUUAUAAUAUGUUUUCUACUUAUUCUAAGGAUAAUAUUUAUUCUGAUAAUAAUUUUAUGGAUUCAAAUAUAUUUAAUACUUAUAGUAAAAAUUUAUCGAACAACUAUUUUUCUGAUAACACAUUUUCAAAUAACAAUUUCUCCGAUAAUUUGAUGUCUUAUAAAAAUUUAAACAAUGAAAAUAAUAAUUAUCCUAUUAUGAAUAAUUAUGGAAACCCAAAUAUAAACAUAGGAAACAACCAAAUAAGUCAUAACGAUAAUAUAAACAAUGAUAAUAUGGAUCUAAAAAAUAAUAAUGAUUAUAAUUUAGAUAAUGGGAAUUUGAUCGAAAGCUAUGAAAAAUCAUCAUUAAAAAAUUUUUAUAGCCAGAAAGACAAUUUAAAUGACAUCGAUGAUAUGCAUAAAAGUAAACAAAAAUACUUUCAAGAAAAAUUUGAUGAUAGUAUAUAUAUAGAAAAUGUUGAAUCUUUAAGGAAAAAGAAUAUCAUAAACAUUUUAAUGUAUAAUAAAAAAAAUAUAUUAUUAGUAGGAAAUAAAUUAAGUGGAAAAACAUUUUUUAUGAAAUAUAAUAUAUUGCCAUACAUUAAAGAUGAUAUAUCAACUUAUUAUACUUUUGUCUCAAAAUUAUAUAACUCCAAUUUGUUAGAAAAAAAAAUUGAAAUUAAUGUGGAAAAAAAAUGCAGAAAUAUUUAUAAACCUAUAGGUACCAAAAAGUGUUUAUAUUUUAUAUUAGACGAUUUAAACAAUUUACAAAAAUAUGAUGAUAAUGUUUUAAACUAUUCGGAUCAUAAAAAUAAUGAUGACAGCUUAUUAUUUGAUUUUAACAUUGAUGCUAGUCGUAUUGCGAAAAAUGGUAAUAAUAGUAGUAAGACUAAAUCAAUUCCUAAUACUAGCAUUUUAGAAUUUUUAAACCAAUUUAUUGAUUACAAUAUGUAUUAUAAUAGGGAUAAUGCUACUAUGAAAAAUAUCGAAAAUUUAUUUUUCUUCUUGAUAUAUGGAAAUAAUAAAAAAUACACAUCAGCAUUUAAUAAAAAAUUAAUAAAUAGAUUACACAUUGUCCAUUUAAAUGAAAUGGAUGAAGUAAAUAUUAAAAAUACAUUCCAUGUUUUUUUAAGACACAAAUUUGCAAAUUUUCAUGAAGUUAUAAAAAAUUUAGCAGAACCACUUUCUACAGCAACAAUUCGAUUAUUCUUUGAAUGUGCAAAAAAUUUUAAACCUAAUUUAAAUUGCUAUCAUUAUUUUUUCCAUUUAAAACAAAUAUUUAAAAUAAUUAAAGGUAUAUUUUUAUCAGAGGCAUCAAUAUAUGAAGAAAAAGAAAGUUUCCUAAGAUUAUGGGCUAACGAAUGUUUUCGUGUUUUAGGUGAUCAAUUAAUGUUGAAAAAUGAAAGAAAAGUGUUUAAUAAUAUUUUAAAAAAAAUAUUACACAAAAAAUUCUAUGUUUCUUAUAAUUAUCUAUUUCCAAAGAAAAAAACAUUUUACUUUUGCUCAUACAAUUUCCAUGAUCCCAAAAAUGAUAAUCCAUACUUUUUUUAUCAACCAAUAUCUAAUGAAAAUCUAUUACUCGAAUUUUUUAAAAACACAAUAUCUUCUUAUAAUACAUUUGCUACUUGUAAUUACGAGAGGAAAAAAAAAGAAUACUUUAGAAACUUUAAUGAAACAUUAUCAGAUCCUAAUACAAAGAAAAAGUCAGAUAAAGAAUAUAUGUCUUUGAUAAAUGCACAAAAGGAACAUAUCUCUAAAGAAAGUAAUCUACGAAAAAAUUUAAAAAAAGGAUCAUUGAAUAAUCCGAUCGAAAAAAAUAAUGCAACUAUUGAUGAUGUAAAAAAAAAUGUUAUGAAAAAUGGAACGCAAAACAAUGUUAAUGAAAUAUCCAAUGGAUACGUAGAAAACAAAAAUAUUACAAAAGACAAAGAUGGCAUAGAUUUUCAAGCAUAUAACAAUGGCGUAUAUAAUCCAAAUUAUAGCACACCUAUUUUCAAUGACGAAAUGAAUAUUUCUCAAGAAAAAUCAAAUAAAAUGCCUAAAGAAAUUGAAAUAUUAGUAAAUAAAAACGAUAACGAUUUUAAUAAUAUAAAAACUCCUAUCAAUUUUAUAUUAUUUAAGGAAGCUAUGUCAAAUGUUUGUAAUUUUUCUAGAAUUUUCCUGUUUGAAAAUGAACAUUUUAUUUCGAUUGGGGAUAGCAGUCCUGGAAAGUUUACUUGCGCCUUGAUUGCUUGCUUUAUAUAUCAAAUUAAAAUUCAUGUAAUUAAAAAUUUUUACUAUGAACACACAAAUGCAGUUAAAACUGAAGAGGAAAAUACAGACAUUCGAGAUAAAACACCUCUAUCCAUUCUUUCUUCUGAUAAUAAUUCAAAAAAAACAAAUGAAGGAUUAUAUAUAACAAAACAAAGCAAUAUAAUAGAUUCGAAAAAAAAUAGCCAUACAUUAGAUGAUAUUGAAAGUGAAACGAAUAUGGUUAACAAUAUGGAGGAAAAGGUAAACGAUAAAUCUCAUAACAGUUUAGAAAACGCAAAUUUAAUAUUACACGAUUUUAAAAAUGAAGAUAACAUUAAAAAAACAAGCAAUAAUUUGAAUGAUAUGAAAAAAGCUACUGAAAUAAAAAUAAAUACAGAUAUAGAUGAUUCAAAUAAAGUAUUUACAAAUACAACAAAUUAUAACAAGAAUAGUUCUUUAAUAGAAAAAUUAAAAUGCAACUAUUUUAUAAAAAAAUUUCGAGAAGCACUUUUUAAUUGUUAUAAAAAUGAGAAAAGGUGUGUUUUAUAUUAUUUAGAUGACAACAUGAAUGAUGAAAUAUUAGAAUUUUUACAUGAAUUAUAUAAUAAUGAAAAUUUAAUAAAUAUGUUUAAUAGUGAAGAAAUUGCAUAUUUAAAAAAUAUAUUCUUAGAAAGUGAAAUAAGUUUAAAAAAAUGUGAUACAUUAAAUGAAAUAAUUGAAGAAUUAAUUAAAAAAAAUUAUCAUUAUGUCUUAUUUACUUCAUUAAAAAGUAACAUUUUUAGAAAAAUAUCUAACGAAUAUAAUGUUAUACUAAAGAAAUCCACUGUAAAUUAUUUCCUUUCUUGGAAAAAUAGUUCUUAUAAUGUUAUAGCUCAAGAAAAAAUACAAAUAAACAACAUUAAUGUUGAUGUCUUUACCAUGUUGCAUAAUACUGCAUUAAAGUUUUUUGAAAAAAUAUUUGUAUACAUAGAAGAUGAAAUAAAUAAGAAGAAAACAAAUGAAGAUAGUUUAUUUUCAAACGAUUUCAUUGGUUCAAUGAAUUCUAGCUAUUAUACAUAUAAAAAUGAAAAUCAAUAUGGAGGAAUUAAUAUAAAUAAAUAUAAUGAAUAUGAUACAAAACAUGGAACAAGUAGUAAUAUUAUAUCUAAGUCUAAAAAUAUAUUAGCGGAUAAUAAAGAAUCUAUGAAAAUAAAUGAUAGCAUCCAAAUGAAUACAAAAGAAAAUAGUAAUGUUGCUUCAAAUAAAAAUACAAAAGUUAUGCAAUCUAGCAAAAAUAUGAAUGAUAUAUCUGAUGAUUAUAUAUUAACAAUGGAUGAUAAGAAUGACGACGAUAUGCAACAUAAUUCAAAUUAUAUAAAGAGUUCAAAACUUGUUGAAAAUAAAUUAAAUGCCCAAAAAUAUAUUAAUUUUAAACAUUUUUUAAAUUUUUUACAAUUUUUUAAUCAUUUAUAUAAAAAAAAAUCAGAAGAAAUAAAUGAUAACGAAAGGAAAAUAAAUUUAGCCUUAAAGAAACUAGCAGAUGCAAAAAAUGAAAUUCAAGAAAUGCAAAUUAAGUUAAGUUUACAAAAAGAAAAUAUCUCUAAAAAACAAAUUGAAUGUGCACAAUUGUUAAAGGAAAUUGAAGAAAAAAAAAAAGAAUCGAAUGAAAAAAAAAAAAAAAUACAAGAAGAUAGUAUUAGAAUAUCAAGUGUAGAAAUUGAAACACAAAAAUUAGCUGAAGACGCAAGGAAAGAUUUACAAAAUGCUAUACCAGAGUUAGAAGUAGCAACACAAUCUUUAGAACAAUUAGACAAAAAAAGUAUUUCAGAAGUAAAAGCAUAUACAAAACCACCUGAUGUUGUAAUGCAAACUUUAUCUAUUGUUAUGAUAAUUUUAAAUAAAAACCCUAGUUGGGAACACGCCAAAAUUGAGUUAGGUGAUGCCAAUUUUUUAAGUAAAUUAAAAUCAUUUGACAAAGAUUCGGUAUCAGAUAAAAUAUUAAAAAAAAUUGAAAAGUUUACAAAAAAUCCAAUAUAUUCCCCCAAAGCAGUUAAAAAAGUAUCAGCAGCUACUGGUGCGUUAUGUAUGUGGGUUCAUGCACUAAAAAUGUAUGCAGAAGUAUAUAGGGAAGUAGCGCCAAAAAGAUUAAGAUUAAAAUUAGCGGAAGAAUUAUUAAGUAAGAAUAGAAAAGAAUUAGAAUUGGCAAUGAAUCAACUUAAUGAAAUUGAAAAAAAUCUUUUACUUUUACAAGAACAACAUAAUGAAAGUACCCAAAAAAAUGAUGAACUUAGUAAAUCAUAUGAAGAGUCAUGCUUAAGAAUAGAAAAUGUUGAAAAAUUUUUCCUCAAUAUAACAGAUGAAAAAAAUCGAUGGGAAAAAUAUGUUAAAGAUAAUGAACGAAUAAAAAAAUGUGUUUAUGGUGAAUCGAUAUUAUCUUCAUUUUUUUUAGUUUAUACAGGUUUAUUAAAUUAUGAAGAUCGUAAAUUUUUAAUAUAUGAUACUUGCGUAAAUUUAUUAAUGAAAAAUCAUAUACAUGUUAAUACUAACUUUAAUUUAGUUGAUUAUUUUAUCGAUCCUAUACAAUCAUUAGAGUUUAAUAUUAACUAUUUAUCAAAUGAUGUAUAUAUGAAAGAAAAUUUUAUUCUUAUUAAUAAUAAUUUUAUUUCAAAUUUAAUAAUAGACCCACAUCAUCAAGUAAAAGAUUGGAUAAGUAGAAGUUAUAAUAAUAGUAAAAGUUUAAUUAUUUCUGAUUUUAAUUUUCCAGACAUAUUUUUAAAAAUCAUUUAUUGUAUGAACAAUGGAAUUCCACUAUUAAUUAAUAAUGUUAAAGAAAAAUUAGAAGAUAUAUUAUUAUUAACUAUUAAAAAGUACAACCAAUUUAUUAUGGAUAGAGAAAAUAAUAAUGAAAAUUUUAUGGAUGUUAACGAUAAAAAUAAUUCUCAAAAUGAUACCCUUAUAAAAGAAUAUAUAGAAAAGAAAAAUGAUUUAUACAAAAAUUAUGUAAAUAAUGGGUAUAUAAAUACUAGUAACAAUGAUAAAACAAGUUAUGAAGAAGAAAUAUAUUUCAUGAAAUUGCAACUACUAAACGGAUUAAAUAUACACAAAGAUUUCAAACUUUAUCUUGUGUCUAAUAAAAAUUGUUUUGAAUUGGAUCCACUAUUUUACAGUUUGACAUCUGUUAUAUUGUUUAAUUUAAACAGUGAAACAAUAGAUAGCAUUUUACUAAAUGUAAUUAUAAUGAAUAAUGAAAAAAGCUUAGAAGAUGAAAACAAAGAAUCUCUUUUACAACUAGUAUAUGUUAAAAAAGAAAUAAGAAGAUUAGAAAACAAUAUAUUAGAGAAUGUAACAAAAUGUCAAAAUAAAAUUACUGAAGAUGAUGAAUUAAUAAAUAUUUUAUUAGAAUCUAAAUUACAAAUAGAUCAAAAAAAUGGACAUCUCGAAGAAAUAAAUGAUACACUUAACCGAAUGAAUAUGAAUAAAAAUACGUUUAAACCAUUAGCAAAAAAAGUUUCUAUAUUAUUCACUAUAUUAAAUGAUUUGAAAUAUUUAAAUAAAUGCUAUCAAUUUUCACUUAAUCACUUUAUUAACUUUUUUAUAUAUAAUAUUAAUUAUUUAAAAAAAAAUAUGAAAACAGUAUCUGGAUCAGCAAAUGAAAGACACGAACUAUUAUUUAAUAGUUUCUUCUAUGAAUUUAUAAAACACACAAAAGUAUCGUUAGCAAAUAAACAUCAUUUGUUUUUCGUUUUUUAUUCAUUAUCUAGAAUUAUGAUUUAUGAAGAUAAAAUAUCUCAAGACGAUUACAACUUUUUUAUACUUGGUAUCAAGUCCAAUGCUGAAAAAGAGUAUCUGAAUUAUUUUAAAAAAAUUCACCUAUUCCAAGAAAAUAAAGACUCCAUAAAAGAAAACAUAUAUAAUGUACGUUUUAAAAAUAAAGGCGAUCUGAAUGAUGAAAAUAAAGAAAAAAAUGAAAAAAGGAAACGAAGAAAGCCAAAAGAUAUAUAUGAAAACAAAAAUAUAAAUAAAACUACAAAAGAUGAUGAAAAAAAAGGAACAAUUUCAGACUCAUACAAUUAUUUAGAUGAUGAUGAUGAAGAGGAUGAUUAUGAAGAUGACGACGAGGAAUUUUGUGAUGAUGAUUAUGGAUAUGAUGAUGAAAACUAUGAAGAAAAUGAAGAAGACGAAGAAGAUGAUGAAAAGUAUGGUGAAAAUGAUGAACUAUAUUUUGAAAACUCUGAAGAAUAUGAGAAUAAAGGAAAUGGUAAUAAUAAAGAUACAGAAACAAAUGAUGGAUUAUAUGCAAAUACGAAAAAAAAUAUUAACAAUAAUAAUGCUGAUACUACAGAGAUAUCUGAUAAAACAAAAUCAAAUAAUGACACAAUGAAUAACAAAACAAAAAGAAGUAUUAAGAAAAAAAAAUAUAACUCAAAUAAUAAGAAUUCAAAUGACUACUUAGAAAGAAAUUAUAUUGACGAAUCAAAAUUCGACAAUACUAGUAAUAGCAGAGAUAACCAAGAUAAUACUGACAAUAGCAAUGAAGACAUUUCUUCAUCGAAUGAAUAUAAACCCUUGGAAAUAAUCAAUCCAGGAACAGAUUGGAUAAGUGAAAUGCAAUGGAAAUAUUUAUUAGAUAUUGAAAAAUUGAAAAAUUUUGAAGGAUUUAUAAACUCUUUCAUUAAAUCUAUUAGAGAAUGGAGAAGAUGGUAUAAUUUCUUAGAAGUAGAAAAUAAUGUAUUGCCAGAUGAAUGGGAAUUUAAUUUAACUUCUUUUCAAAAAUUAAUAAUAAUAAAAAUAUUAAGACACGAUCGAUUAAAUAAAGCUAUUGAAAAUUUUGUAUGUUCAAAUAUUUCAUAUAAUGAUAUGGAAGUCGACCAUAUGAAUUUCGAGGAUAUUUUAAGACCAUAUAAAAAUGGCGAUCCAAUAACUAUUAUACAUAAAAGUAAUUGUGAUCCAUUCCAAUAUGUAAAUAAUUAUGCCCGUAAAAAUAAUCUAAAGCUUAAAAAUUUAAUAUUAACAAGUCAUAAUAUAAAUUUUGUAGACCAUUAUUUGAAAGAUGCAAUGGAAAAAGGGCACAUUCUUUUUAUAUCUAAUUUACCUAAUUAUGAAAAUAAUGUACAUAAACUAUCAAAAAUAAUUGACAACAUAUUUACCAAAAGCUCUAUUACCGAUUCUUCUUUAUCUAAUAGUAGUUCAGGAAGUUCCCAAUUUAGAAUAAAUGAAAAAUAUAUUUCAUCACCUGAUCAUACUGGAACUAAUAAUAAUAAUGAUGAAAAGAAGGAAUAUAUAACCGGAAUGAAUCCAGUCACAAUUCCAAAUGACAUGGAGAGUAUAAAACUUGCUGAAGGCGAUUACAAUGAAUCUGCAAAUAUUGAUAGACAUGAAAUAAAAAAAAAUGCAGAAGACAAUAAAGAAGUGAUUAAAGAUCAGAAAAAAAGUUAUCUUACUUAUGAAGAAAACACUUGUGAUACGUUGGAAAAUAUUGAAAAUUAUUAUCCGUUACUAGAUGAUGAUAAUGCAUAUUCUAACAAUAUGCAAAACUUAUUAAUAAAAGAAAAUAACAAUGAAAGCAUAAAAAUAAAUGAUAAGUUUCGGUUAUUUUUAUCAUUUUUGCCAGAUGAUAAAAUUCCCAAUUCAUUGUUACAAAAAAGUAUUAUUGUUAUUUUAGAUGAACCUUAUAACAUUAAAAAGAGUAUCUCUAUAUUAUUUAAAGAACAGUGGGUUAAUGAAGAAUGCAAAAACAUACAACUAAACAAGUACAAAAAAGUAAUGUUAAGUUUGUUUUGGUUCCAUUCAAUAUUAAAUAAUAGGAAAAAAUUUUACAAUUUAGGAUGGAACUCUGAAAAUUAUUUCUUUAGUAAUAAAGACGUUAUAUUAAGUAAAUAUAUUUUAGAAAUGUUUUUAAAUAAAAAUAUUAAAGACAUAUAUUGGCCUUAUUUUCAUUAUUAUAUAUGUGAUAUUAUAUAUGGGUCACAAAUUAACGAUACCUUUGACGAAGAACUUUUAAAUAUAUACGCACAAGAGUUUUUUAAUGACAAUAUAUUUAAAGGGAAAUAUGUUUUUUCAAGUUGUGCUAAUUAUUAUUUACCCCCAGAUAUCAAUAAUGAAAAGGCUCUAAAUAACUAUCUUAAAGAAAUACCUCAUAAUGAUAGUGUCGAAGUUUUUGGACAAAAGCCUUACUCAGAAAUUACAUAUAAUUCAAUUGCAUCUGAAGAAAUCAUUUCUUUACUAUUUCGUGUUAAUUCCUUCCAUAAUAAUCAAUACAAUUUUUAUAACAUAGCAUCAAAUAGCAUUAAUGAAAAAAACAUAUAUUCAUUCAUAAAAACCUUAUUACACAAUAUGCCACACGAAAUAUAUGUAGAUAAUUUAAUUAAAAAGGAGUUUACUCAGGAACAGUAUAUUUAUGUGAAUCUCAUGCUUCAGGAAAUAUAUAAGCAUAACAUGAUUUUGAGAAAGGCACGAAAAUCUCUCAACAAGGUUCAAUAUGGUGAGUCUACAAUAAAUUUUAUUGUACUAUUUGCUACUAUAAAAGGCGAAACUAUUAUUAACAAAAAAAUUUAUGAGAUUAUAAAAUCCUUAAGUGAUGGCUUAGUUCCUAAUUCCUGGAAGAUAUUUUAUAUAGCAAAGAAAAGACUCAUUAAUUUUUUUGAAGAUUUAAACGAAAGAAUAAAGCAAUUAAAUGAAUGGAGUAUUAAUGGACACCUACAAAUACAUUGGCUUGGUGGAUUUUACAACCCUAAAAGUAUUUUAAAAUAUAUUUUACAUGAAUAUUCUAAAAAAAAUGAAAUAAAUCAUGAUUUAGUAACAUUCGAAUUUAUUUCUAUAAGUAAUUCGGAUGAAUAUAAAUCAAAUUCUCGAAAUCCUGAGGAUGGAAUUUAUAUAAAAAAAAUUAUUUUACAAGGAGCAAAAUGGGACUUUAUUAAUCAGUCAUUAAUAGAAAAUGACGACAAUAAUAUAUAUUCUAUUAUACCUAUAGCCUAUCUUAAAGUUAUUUUAAAAAAAAAUAAUAAAGAUAGCAAUAGCAUAUACGACUGCCCUCUAUAUAUAUGCCAAGAAAAGAACAUCCUCAAUAUUAAAGAGAAUUACUUAAUUAAUGUCAGACUAGGAACUGGUUCAAAACAUCCAACUGAAUGGGGAAAGAUGGGUGUACGAUUAUUUUUAACAAGUGACCAUUAA